UCCCAGCUCUGACAUCCUAUGUUCUAAGGGCCCUCCCAACUCUGAUACUCUCUGUUUUCAGGGUCCUUACAGCUCUGACAUCCUGUGUUCUAAGGGCCCUCCUAGCUCUGACACUCUCUGUUCUCAGGGUCCUUACAGCUCUAACACUUUAAUGGUUCUUUAAUUCUUUUUCUUCAGACCUUCUGGCUGUCAUCCCUCAUCCCAGGAGGGGGCAGUGGAGAUACAUGGAGAGGAACACAGCCACCUCUUAGUAUCCACACUCACACCUGGGGCAUUGGGGUCCACACAGAACCCUGUGCAGCCCAGGACUCUGGGAGGGUCUGGACCAGCACCCUUCCCUUCCAUCCUCUCAUCCAGUGUUUAGCCAGCCCCGAGAGGUGGGAAGGACACCCCAGGGUUAUUUUCCCUACAACCCGGAUGACACUGACCCCCAGACAAGGGGAGGGCCUCACCCAGGACCAGAGAACAAGUCAGGGCCAAACUGGCCCUGGACUCAGGUGGUGUGCCCAUUUCCUCAUUGACUUCUAAGGUCCCCUCCAAAUCUCUAUCCCUGAGCCUGCCCUGCUGGCCUGGUGCGGAGCGAAAGGGCACGAGUGCUCCUGGGAAAAGAUCCUUCCGACAGGGACUUUGGUGGUGUGGACAGUUAGGCAGGCUCUGGGAAUCCCUGAGGAAGAGGAGUGAGGGAAGAGACCAGUGCUGAAGUGGCCCUUCCCUGACCCCAAGUCAUGGAUGGGAAUUUACCAUCUUCCAGGCUAGUCUGUUUGCCUGCUUCCCACACUGCCUCCCUGCCACGCCCACUGCCCAGUCUGUUCCUUAGAAAUCCCGGCCAGCCGGUAGGGAUGGAGCCCCAGGCUCUGGGAAUGCACAGAGUGUAGAGGUGAGAAAUCUCAGAGCAAUUAUUUCUUCCUUUUCUCCUUCCUCGUACACCACACACACACACACACACACACACACACACACACACACACACACACACACAGAGCCUCCGCCCCCCUUCCCCCUUGCUCCAGGCCUGCCGGUCUCAAUUUCAGGACCUAAAGGGUGCCUGUCAUCCCGCCUCCCCCAGGGAGACACCACCUUCUUGGGAUGUCAUGAGUGGGCGGGGCCUGAGUAACCCCUAAGAAGACUAAUAAAGCUCUGUGGCCCUUUCCCUUCCCUGAGUCCUUGGGAUUCCCAGCUCAGACUUCAGUGUCAGCCCCAUUCUCUGCAGGCUGGUGUGUGGGAAGGCUGUCAGCCAGCAGGACAGCUGCUAUUUACCGGCUGCAGAGACAAGUGGGGGACCCCAACAGCCAAUCUUCCCCGCUUCAGGACACUCCUUUCCCAAACUUAGACUGGGGGGAAGCAGGACCCCUAGACAGGGUGGGCUGAGUGGUGUCCAGGACCUAGAGAGUUGGGGAUUGGGGAGGGAGCUCUCUCAUAGGGUGAGGACUCCAGGGACCUUGUUCUAGGGUGAGUCUUUCAGCAUCCUUCCUCUGGCUUAACUCAGGGGAGCCCCUUAGUCAGGCAGGGGACCCCCCACUCUGCUUCCUUUCCCCUUUUUUCUCCCUGUUUACUUUCUUCAGGCUGCUUCCUCCUGCUUCCUUCCUGCCAAGUCCUUAGCAGGAGCAACCAGAGGGGAGAUUGGACUUUGAAGGCAACAGGUGUAGACAGAGAAGGCAAGGAGUCAGGAGCCCUGGAAGGUGGGCUGGUAGGGAUGGAGGCCUGGGCCCCUGAGCGGCCGACCUUUGGCUUCUGGGACUACGGUGUCUUUGGUCUCAUGCUGCUGGUCUCCACGGCCAUCGGGCUCUUCUUUGGGCUGGCCCGGGGUGGGCAGAAGACUGCGGAAGACUUCUUUACAGGUGGACGGCAGAUGGGAGCUGUGCCCGUGGGCCUCUCACUGGCAGCCAGCUUCAUGUCGGCCAUCCAGGUGCUGGGAGUGCCUGCUGAAGCUUACCGUUACGGGCUGAAAUUCCUCUGGAUGUGCCUGGGUCAGCUGCUCAACACGCUUCUCACUGCCUUCCUCUUCCUCCCUGUCUUCUACCGCCUGGGCCUCACCAGCACAUACCAGUAUCUGGAGCUGAGGUUUAGCCGUUCUGUCCGUCUGUGGGGCACCAUCCAGUACAUCAUCGCCACGAUGCUAUACACAGGAAUUGUCAUCUAUGCUCCUGCCCUGAUUCUCAACCAAGUAACAGGGCUGGAUAUCUGGGCAUCUCUCCUUUCAACCGGUGCCAUCUGCACCUUUUACACCACUGUGGGAGGCAUGAAAGCUGUCAUCUGGACAGAUGUCUUCCAGGUGUUUGUGAUGCUCUCCGGGUUUGUCGCCAUCUUGAUCCACGGCACGCUUCUGGUCGGUGGUGCCCAGCGGGUGCUGUACAUUGCCCACAAUCACUCCCGUGUCAACAUGGAUGACACGGCAUCCACCAGCAUUAAUGCCAUGGCCGCUGUCACUGUGGAGGAUCUGAUCAAACCUCGGUUACCGACCCUCAGCCCUCGAAAACUGACUCUGAUCUCCAAGGGGCUGUCUCUCAUUUACGGCUCAGCCUGUCUGACAGUGGCUGCCCUGUCCUCCCUGCUAGGAGGUGGUGUCCUUCAGGGCUCUUUCACUGUUAUGGGUGUGAUCAGUGGUCCGCUGCUUGGAGCCUUUGUCCUGGGCAUGUUCAUUCCAGCCUGCAACACUGCGGGUGUCUUCUCAGGCCUGGGCCUAGGCUUCAUGCUCUCCUUCUGGGUGGCCGUGGGGGCCACUCUGUACCCACCGAGCCCACAGACCAUGGGUGUGUUGCCCACGUUCACAGAUCACUGUACACUCUACAACGCCAGUGAGGGUCUAAAUAACACCGUGAUCAUGGGGACACUUCCACCAAGGACUAUUUCUGUCCCAGGAGACAGGCCAACUCUUGCUGAUGACUUCUACGCCAUCUCCUACCUGUACUACGGGGCCUUGGGCACUCUGACCACAGUGCUGGGUGGCAUCCUUGUCAGCUACCUGACAGGCCCCACCAAACGUAAUGACCUGGGCCCUGGCCUUCUGUGGUGGGACGUCAUGAAACAGAUGUCGUCUGUGGCCCCCAUGGCUAAAUCGAUGCCCCUGGAGGAUGGCUUGUCUAAUUCCAAGGAUUCCAAUGAGCACCCACAUGAGGUCAAGAAGCCCUCCUUCUGGCCCCAGGAUCAGCUGCUACAAAAGGAGGCAGAGGAAAGCAACCUACUUAGAGAAACUGACAUUUAAGUUGGCUCAUGUGUAGACUGAGAGAGAGAGACUGAGAAACCCAAAGUGAGGGGGUGGGGUUGGAACUUUGGCCUGGCCAGUUCUAGACCCGGGAACCCGCUCUCCACGUCUCUGCUUGGUCAGGGAUUGUUUCAUGCUUAUGAGCCUGGGGACCUCUGGAUCUUGUAGAAUUAAGAAUGGAGGAGAAAGGGCUGGGCAUUCUUAAUGUCAAAGAUCUUCCCUGGAUCUGAUUAUUCCUGCAUAGGGAAAGCAAGUUUGAUUUCUCCUUGGGGCAGUCAGUGUUUGUGUGUGUGAUAAGGGGGAGGAGGAGAGUGCCUUCCUGUCCCCUGUACACUCCAUUUAUCCACUGGGAAGAUGGAUGGAUGUUGGAACACUCUUCCCUCGUCAGCUUGGAACCCCGGGCUCACCUUCUAGGCUCAACGUCUCCUACAAGAUGCCUUCUCUGCUUCUUCCAUAGGCCCCCUCCCUUCCUCCCCUGCAGCUUCUCCCAACCCCAGAAUCAUUUUGUAUUUAAUAUUUUGUAUUUGAUUAUCCACGUAGGGGUUGGUUUUCUCCUGGUAGAAAGUAAGCUCUCUGAAGUCAGGGACUGUUUUGUUUCUUGUCCAUGAAUCUCUGGGGCCUACUGUGUGUGGCUUGUAGCAGGUGAUUAAUAAAUGCUUAUCAAAUUGAAUUGAAUUGAGUGGGGCAGGGAGGAAGGAAUGAAUGGGGCAAAGGAUGGGUGGAUUACUGGUCCUAGCUCCAAAAGAAGCUACAUCUUCCAGAUCAUUCAGCCUUGUGCUGCCCCGUCCCCAGUCCACCCCCUGGAUAGAGUCCUGGGCCUAGAGUCAAGAAGACCUAAAUUCAAAUCCAGCUUCAGACUCUGGCUGUUUCUCAGCCUGAGACAAUAGCUGUGUGACCUGGAGUAGUUCACUUACCCACUCACUGCCUGACUCAGUUUCUUCAUCUGCAAAAUGGGGACAAUAAUAAUAGCACUUACUUUCCAGGGUUGUUAUAAGGCUCAGAUGAGAUAAUAUUGACACAGUGCCUGGUACCCUCCUGUCCCCUCCCUAAUCCCACCUUCCAGGCAUGCCAUACCCAACUCCAGAGGGAGUCCUAAUAAAACAACUUUGCUGGGUCAGCUCACAUUUGCUGAUGACAUAG